AUGCCUCAAGGUAAAGAAACUUGGUAUUGUUGCUGUAAUGCUUUGUUAGAAGAUAUUACUUGUUUGGCAGCAGACCGAAUGUUGGUAUUUGCUUCAUAUGACAAUGUUCUCCAUGCUUUUGCCAGGAACAAAGAGGUAGUUCAUACCUAUGAAGGUCACAAGGCGAAGAUACACCUUCUGCUGCCUUUUGGUGAUCACGUCAUCUCCGUGGAUACUGCUAAUGUUCUUAUUGUUUGGGAUAUACAGUCAGAAGAGGAAUAUCUUCAAAUGGAGUUUGAUAAGGCCAUUUUUGCAGUUUCUGCAAUUCUGCAUCCAAGCACCUAUUUGAAUAAAAUUCUCCUUGGUAGUGAACAAGGGACCUUGCAGCUGUGGAAUAUAAGAUCCAAUAAACUCCUAUACUCGUUUGCAGGAUGGGGCUUAGGGGUCACAACUCUUCAACAAGCCCCAGCAGUGGAUGUUGUUGCAGUGGGUCUUGUAUCUGGUCACAUUGUUGUACAUAAUAUUAAGUUUGAUGAAACGCUGAUGAAAUUUCAACAAGACUGGGGUCCCAUCACAGCAAUAUCUUUUCGGACAGAUGGACACCAAGUAAUGGCAGCUGGUAGCCCCGUUGGACACAUUGCACUGUGGGAUCUAGAAGAGAAGAAACUAAUUAGUCAAAUGCGAAACGCUCAUUCCACAGCAAUAGCUGGUAUGUCGUUUGUCCCUGGAGAACCACUUCUUAUCACUAAUGGUGCUGAUAAUGCUAUACGGGUGUGGAUUUUUGAUGGACCCGGUGGUACUGGCCGUAUAUUAAGGAGCCGAAUGGGACAUAGUGCACCUCCAACAAAAAUCAGAUACCAUGGGCAAAAUGGAGAGCACAUUCUUAGUGCAGGUCAAGAUGGAACAUUGCAGUCUUUUUCAACGGUGCAUGAAAGAUUCAAUAAAAGUUUAGGACGUGGUUCAAUUAACAAAAAGAAAUCAAAACGGAAGGGUCUUCAGCAUGAUACCAUGGCACUUCCACCCAUUACAGCCUUUGCUUCAGAAGUGGCUCGUCAGAAUGACUGGGAUGGUAUUGUUGCCUGCCAUCAAGGGUAUAUAACCUGUACAACAUGGAACUAUCAGAAGACUUCUAUGGGAACUCAUAAACUGAGGCCAGAGGCAUUUAGCAAAAACAAACCUCUAGAUAUAUAUGCAACAGCAGUUGAUAUUACCACGUGUGGAAACUUUGCUGUAAUUGGGAUGUCAACAGGGCAGGUAGAUGUGUACAACAUGCAGUCUGGCAUUCACAGAGGGUGUUAUGGCAAAGAAAGAGCACAUGAAGGGGCUGUUAGAGGGGUAGCAGUGGAUGGAUUAAACCAGCUGACAAUCACGGCUGGUAGUGAAGGAUUAAUUAAAUUUUGGAAAUUCAAAACUAAAGACCUAGUUCACUCCACUGAUCUCUCGUCUUCUCCAAGUGCGAUUCUGCUUCACAGAGAUAGCGGUAUUCUGGGAAUUGCCUUUGAUGACUUCAGUAUUAGUGUUUUGGAUAUAGAAACCAGGAAGAUUGUCAGGAGGUUCUCAGGACACCAUGGACGGAUUAAUGACAUGACUUUCAGUCCUGAUGGUCGUUGGCUAGUAACUUCAUCAAUGGACUGUACUAUUAAGACUUGGGACCUUCCGUCUGGAUGCCUCAUAGAUUGUUUCUUGCUAGACUCUGCAGCUGUAAGCGUUACUAUGUCUCCUACAGGAGAUUUUCUAGCUUCAUCGCAUGUGGAUGAUCUUGGAAUUUAUUUGUGGUCAAACCGUUCUCUGUAUUCGCUCGUCUCUUUACGGCCCCUUCCGGCAGAUUACGAACCUGCUACGGUAAUGCUUCCUGGAACUUGCCCUGUGCAAGAUGUGGAUGCAGCAGGAGCUGAAGAAACAUGUGGUGAAAUGAUAGAAUAUGAUUCACCUGAGCAAUUGGGGGAGCAGCUGGUAACCCUGUCCUUAUUACCUGAGUCAAGGUGGAAGAAUCUCCUCAAUCUUGAUAUCAUCAAGAAAAAGAAUAAACCAAGAGAGCCACCAAAAGUUCCCAAGUCAGCCCCUUUCUUCAUCCCAACAGUUCCUGGUCUUAUACCACGAUAUGCUGCUCCAGAACAAGAAAAUGAUACGCAGUCAAAGGUAGUAAACCUUGGAGUACUGGCACAGAAAACUGAUUUCUACAUUCAUCUUGAAGAAGCCCUGAGCACAAACAAAUAUACUGCUCCACUUAAUUUACUGAAAGACAUGGGACCAUCCAAUAUUGAGAUAGAACUAAGGGGCUUGGCCCCUGAAGGUGGUGGCUCUGUGGAGGUGAUGCUAAGCUUUUUGAGAAUGAUUGGGAUGAUGCUGAACAAGAAGUACAACUUCGAACUUGCUCAAGCAUACCUUGCACUGUUCUUAAAGUUGCAUCUUAAGAUCCUCUCAUCAGAUCCAAGCCUACUAGAAGAAGUAUCCAGACUGUCAACACAGCUCGAGGAAACUUGGAUCAAUUUACAGACUCUGUUCAAUCAGAGUCUGUGUGUGUUAAAAUAUAUGAAAAGCGCAUUGCUAUAAAAUAUGUUUUUAAAUAUUUUGGACUGUAUAAAAAUCCCCUUGGAUUAUACAACCUACUGCCAAAAAACUGGAUUCCAAGCAUUAUGCUUGGAGCUCUGAUGCUGUAUUUUAUAGUAUGCAGCAAAAUAUUGUUGAAGGUGCAUAACUAUUUUAGUUAAUGUUGGUCCAAGUGACAGCUAAUACGUGCAAAUUAAAUGUACAUGUUGUGUUUAAAAUAGUUUGUCAUUAAUGAACAAACAGUUAAAAGGCCGGAGGUAAUGCAGCUAGCUAUCUGAUGCUUUCAUGACCAAAAAUGUAAAUCAGAACAAAGAAAUGACUUGCCAAAGAAAAGUGGGAAUGUGUUUUCCAUGAGGAGACAGAAACUUAUAUUAUGCUUAAUAAAUUAGUGUUGUUGACUUAAAAAUAAAGCACAAAAAGCAACUGAACUAUUAAAUUAUUAAUAUUGGUUUAAAACAAGAAAUAUAAAAAUUGCAUUCCGCUGACAUCAGAGGGCCUUUCAUAUAAGCUAUUUAUAAAAAUUAGUUUUCUUCUCGUUUUGGCGGUCUGGGUUCACUAUUUUACCUCAGAGCUUUAUUUCUAAAAGCAAGAAUUUCUAGCUGCACUACCAAUCAAAGAAUUAAGAAAGUUCUUUUAUAACCAAAUUUUCUUACUUUAAUUUUGGAGAAGCCAUUUCCAAGGAAAAUUAGUUAUUUUGCUAAGGAGAUAAAAAUUUUAGCAAUAAAAGCUUUGAGUUGUUGGGAAUUUUUUUAUAUCUGAAUUGAAUGUUAUUUUUAUGAAUUGGUAUUUACAUUUGAAAUAAUAGGGUUUGGGGAGAGGUUGGGAACUCUGAAAGGGAUUAUCUUAAAAUUUAAAUUUUGUUAGUUGGGAAUCCUGCCUUGUAUUCAUACCAGGAAACUGUUGAACGAGGUGCUUGCUGUAUUUCACGUAAUCCAGCUGGAGACACUGACUAACAGAGUAACUGAUACAAGUAUAUGUAAUUUUGAGUAGAAUACUUGAAAGAUGGGUUUGCAGUUGACGUAAGAUUGAAGGAGUAAUGGGUUGGUUUUGUUACUCUGUAUACAUAAUUCUUUUAAAGCAGUUGUAUCCUGGAACAAACUAUUUGCAUACAUGUAAACGCAGUGUAGAGUAUUCAGUACUGCCUGAAGCAAGCUGCAUUUCAGGCUUCUACAUGUGGCAUUAGAUCAGCAUCCCUUGAGUUGCUCAGAUUUGCAAGAAAGGUUGUCAGGGAUAUCAAAGGAGUGCAAAGGUGAUGGGAAAUCAGCUUGUACAGCUUCUCUGUGUUCUGACCGUUCUUUAUCCAUAACUUUGAAUCCUAUUAAAUAUUGAAGAGAAAGGAGAAUUAGCAGUUUACAUACUGCAUCAUUCUACCAGUAAGGACUGAGAAUACUGAGUUAGUGGGCAUGAUGUACACCUGAAUGUGGGUUUUUUUUUUUUUCCUCCCAUGAAAUCUACUAUGCCUUAUGAAAAUCCUUUUUACCCUAGAAUAACUAGCUCCUGGUGAUAUGUUUCUCAAUGAAUCCAUUCAUCAAAAUUUCUUGAACUGAUCUGAAUCAGUCCCAAAUCUCUCAAGAUUCAAAGAGGUAAAUGCAUGAUAAGCCUGGGAGCUUACAGGUGUUCCUAUAACAGUCUAAUUUAGCAGAUGUUAAGUAACUUCCAAAAAUGAUUCCUUAUAUGAAUCAACACAUCAGAAAACAUAUGGGUAUAUAAGUCGGAAUACUACAGUACUCUCAGAUCUGCCUCAGUGAAGGGAGGGGCAGUGGCAAAUUCUAUAGAAAAAGAACUUUCCACCUGGGGCGGAACAAAGAUCUGUCUAGCCUAUUGUCCUGACUCUGGCUAGAGCAAAGAAGGGAUGCAAAGGGUCCAGCGAACAGGUCGCGUAUCGAGUGAUACUUUCCCAAGCACAUCACACUGACUUUCAGCAGCCAGCUAUUUAGACGCUUCCUGACCCAGCUGUAUUCGAACAAUUGCGUUUAAUAAUCUGUGACAGACCUGUGCUCUGUGCAUUCAUCUAAUCUCUUUUAGUAACCAUUUAUAGUGUACAAUAUCCUGUAGUAAUGGGUCCUACAAUUUAAUUAAGUGCUAAGGGAGAAAAUGCAUUUCUCUUUGUAUAUACCAGACCUGCUACCUACUAGUGUUGUAUGCCCCUCCUACUUCUUGAAUGUGAGAAGUAGUUGUUCUUCAGCCUCUUCGUGCUUCCCUGCCUCUCUGCAGCAAAGCAAUUGUGAAAUGGUUUUCUACUGGUGAAGAAAAUACUUGAUUUUACUAAGUGUGCACAUGUAAUUUCUUUCUCAUUGACUAAUAUCACAAGAUAUGCCUUGUGCAUACAGUUCUAAACGUUUGGGCCCAAACGUAGCUUCUUGGAUGUCCAAGUUACUGAUUACGGGUGAUAAAAUACCAUGCAACUGAAUUGUUAGAAUGGACUUUGCAUUUCCCAUAAGAUCCCGUUUUAGGCUAUCAGCACUGUAAUGGCAUAUGCUCUCUGGCGUGAGAAGAAAGAUUAGGUGGGUUAAAGGAUGUAGUUGGUGUUAAGCCUAGGUUUGCUUCUGAGCAGGACAGCUGCUGAUGACUUUGCCUUUCUGAGACGAUGCCUGUUCUAGGCUAGCUCUGAU